AUGACCAGUCCCCCUCGCGAGGCCCCCCGCGCGUUGCUACGAGCAGCACUGGCCGCCUGUCUACAACUAGUUUGCUCAAGGUUGGAUGGGGGCGGAGCCCUAGCGCUGCGAGUGGAGUGUGUGCUGGAGAAGGGCGGAGAGGGGAAAGUACUCCAGGGCGUUAGGAGGAGAGCCAAAGAAAUUGUAGAUGAACGAGGCAAUGAACAGACGAUCCAUCACAUACAGCCACCGAUAGAACAUAAUCCGGACACAAUAAAUGUGAAACGGGGAUCAUCAGAGCUAAUGAAGACGUCUAAUAGUGGCGAAGAUACGAAGAAAGAGGAAGCUGGGCUGAAAAGAGAGCGGCUGUUCAAGAGGAAGGGAGAAGACGGGGGGAAGGUGCGGGUCAUUAAGAGAAGGCAGACUCCCUCCUCACCGCUACUGGGGGAGAAGGAGAAAAGUAGCAGCAUGUCUAAACUGUUGGACGUGUCGGAAGGCGGUCCACCAGCGGCUCCCGGUGUGUUGGACGACCUGAGUCGUGCUCGCUCCUUCAGAACACACGCCAACACGCAUCAGAGAGUGUUCAGGGACGCGGACCUUAUACAGGGUGAACUGCUGGGUACUGGUUUCUUCGGCCACGUGUACAAGGUGACUCACCGCGCGACCGGUGAGCUGAUGGUGCUCAAACAACUGUACCGCGUCGACGACACCGCUCAGAACAACUUCCUUAAAGAGGUUGCUGUGCUGCGGUCACUGAGACACCGUAAUGUUCUUCGGUUCGAAGGAGUGUUGUACCGCGAGCGACUCCACCUCGUCACUGAGUAUGUAGCGGGAGGCACUCUACACGACUUAUUACAGGACAAGUCUCGCCCUUUAUCGUGGGAGACGCGGGUCCGCUUGGCGCGGGAUGUAGCGGCCGGCGUUGGUUAUUUACACUGCAGGAACGUGAUACACAGGGACCUCAACUCACACAACUGUCUCAUACGGCCCGGUGAGGAGCUGACAGUGGUAGUAGCGGACUUCGGUCUCGCUCGGAUCGUUCGUAGAAAUGACCGUAACGCCUCCAGCCGCAAGCGGUACACGGUUGUCGGCAAUCCGUACUGGAUGGCGCCGGAAAUGAUGAACGGGAAUCUGUAUGAUGAAAAGGUGGACGUGUUCUCGUUCGGGAUUAUACUCUGUGAGAUAAUCGGUCGCGUGUCAGCCGACCCUGACUACAUGCCUCGUCGGUCGGACUUCGGUCUCAACGAGCGCGUGUUCCGUGAGAAGUUCUGCUCCACCUGCCCGGAGCCCUUCUACAGGCUCGCCUUCCUCGCCUGCCAACUGGACCCGGACGCCAGACCACCGUUUGAAGUGAUGGAAGUUUGGUUGGAUUCUCUCGUGAGGCACCUGUCUGCCGGAGGAGCUCUGCCGCAAGCGUUACUACGAGACGUACUACAGUAUGGAGGGAGGCACGGAGUGAUGACGAGAGACGCGGAGGAGGGACAAGAGGAGACACAGAAGUCAGGGACACAGGAGGGACAGGGGGUCGUUAAGAGUCAAUCAACAUUGGAGCUGGAGCUUGAGAGGCGCGACAGUGAGGGUCGUGCACUCGGCAAGUGUGUGUCAGCGGGGGCGCUGUGGUCUGCCGGGCCCGCGGCGCCCGGGCCGCCCGCACGACGCGCCCGCAGCACGCAGGCACUUACCCCUGGUUAUAUACUAAGACCACACCAGAACGGUAUCGACGUCACCAGAGUGGAUGACAUCUCGAGCUGGGUGGACCCGCACCUGCCCGCCUUCAUGAGGAACCAGUCCGAGGAAGGACUGCAGACGAGCUCCAAAAGAGAGAUCCGUCCCAGCGUACCGUUCUGUCGUCAUGAUAGUAUCCCCGCGUGCUCAGAUACAGACUCAUCAGACGAUGACCUCCUGUCCCCCUCGCCCCUCCCCGCUGCUCCGCUCCUCAAUGAUAUUAUGAAGAAAGGUGGCGCCCUGCUCGCGGCCCGGGGCAAGUAUGACGUCACGGAGGAGGCUCCCGGCAAGCAGAGAAGCCCGGCCGAGGAUGACGCCGGGAAAUAUAACAAGAAGUCUGCGGUCACAGCUAAAUGGAUAGAAAACAUUCCGAAAACACAACCCGCCAAGCCGCCGGAGAAGACCGGCUUCUUCACGAAAACUCUCGGCUCGCCGAAGCUUCGUAGGUUAUUCCGACCGAACAAUGCCGAUGCGAACCACAAGCCGGAGACGGAGAAGGACCGCUCCAAGAGUAACUUCUUCGUCCAGAAGCCGACUGGCGCUGUAAGAUCCGCGUACAGGGUGAGACCCGCCAUCGACGAGCGUAGCGACAUGAACAGGAACGUGCUCGAGUGUGACAUCAAGCUGGCCAACAUGGGCACGCCCAUGACACCCACGUUCAGGAGACACCAACCCGCCGACAAGGACUUCAAGGACGGCAGGUUCAGUUACCGCGAGAGAAGGUUCGACCCGCCCCGGACUCGACCCCCGGACAAGAUGGCCGACAACAAGAAUAAUAUCAUCACGUUAGCGGAAAAGAUCAAGGAUAAAGACGGUAAGGAGGUGGUGAAGCGAAGACCGAUCGGCAUCACGAGGAGCAACUACGUGAAGCUUGAGAACCUGAGGAUUAGCAAGGACGGGGCUCACCUGGUGUAG